AUGUCAGUCAUAAUUUGGGCCCCCACAUCCUGCACUGGACAUUACAAUUUAGGGUCCUGUGGCUUUAGAGUCAUGGCAAGAAUGUACGAUCUAUUAGCCGAAGUAAAGAAAUUGCCGGAUUUGGCAGCGGAGGAAAAGAUCCCUGAUGCUUGGGCGCGUUUGUAUUCCCUCGACCACCCCGCAACCCUUCACCGCAAGAACCCAUCCGUGACGAAAGGGCAUGCGGGAGUGAUCUCAACUGCCCUAGACAUUAUUAUUGGCUGCGACCAUGUCCACCAUGCGGCAGCGGUUCUGGUGUGGUGGAGACGUUGGUUAUCGCAAACAGAGAUAAAGCUCCGCAUCGGCUCCCUGCAAAAGAUUCAGAUGCUUGACGAAUGUGUUGAACAUAAAACAUACUGUUAUAUUUACCCAGCACAAAUAAACUCCAUGCCUCUCCCGCUGUUGCAGACGGAAAGUUGCAUACAGGGCGGUGCGCCGAUUUGUCUCCCCCUAUUGAUUGGAGAUGAAGAGCUGCUCUCGAGAGCCGUCAACGAUGGCACUCUGCUCUCCGGGAUGCCACCUCGAUAA